GACGUUUCCGCACCAUAAAGCGGCAAUGUCGGUGUAAAUAUCUCAUACUCAUUAGGGUAUGACAGGAAAAUUCAGUCUUUUGAACUUCCCUAGGCUCUGUCAUUUACUCUUUACCAAUACUCCUGCUUCACCUUUCUCUCUAUAAACUUCCAAUGCAUCAUUACUUACACUUUUCUACCUAUCUUUCUCGAGAUCCGGUUUUGUCUUAAAACCGUCACUGAACCGUAAUUUUUUUUCUUGUUACCGAUAUUGUCGUUAGUAGAGAAUAGUCCGGGGAGGAGAGCAUUUCUUCGAUCAGUGGCUGGUCUGUCAGUUAUAUCCAUUUCAUUUCUUCAGAUACACUCUACAUGAAGUGAGGAACAAGAAAAGUAAAACAUACAACACACAAUGGAGACUGUGAAACCAUUGGAUGUUGCUUCAAGAAAAGGAAAACUCAGACGGGCAUUUGUGAAAGCUAUCAACAUCAAGAAGCUAACCGGUGUUGUUCCGGAAGUUGAGAGAGAGAAGAAGAGACAAGAAAACGUGAACUUAGUGAAGAAUGCUCCAAAUCUUUCAGAGUCCUUUGACAAGCUGGAGGAAGAGCAUGAGAAAACACUUUCCAUGGAAGCUCUUCUUGCAAAGCUGUUUGCUACUGUUUCUUCCAUAAAAUCAAGUUACGCGCAGCUGCAGUACGCCCAGUCUCCGUAUGAUCCAGCUGGGAUUCAAAAAGCAGACAGGUUGGUCGUGUCAGAGCUGAAGACAUUGUCUGAGCUGAAACAGAGUUUCUUGAAGAACGAGUUUGAUACUAACCCUGAUAUAACUCUAGUUCUUGCCGAGAUUCAAGAGAUGAGAAGCCUCUCGAAGACUUAUGAGAUCAUGGGGAAGAAGAUGGAGUGUCAGCUGAAGCUUAAAGACUCUGAGAUCAUUUUUCUUAAAGAGAAGUUUCAAGAAUCCAAGAAUCAGAACAAGUUGAUGGAGAAGAGACUGAACAAAAGUAAUUCACUGGAUCAAAAUCAUUUCGUUAUUUAUCUAAACCACACCGUCAAAUCAAUCCGAGGAUUCGUUAAAACGAUGGUUGAGCAAAUGAAGUUCUCUGCUUGGGACGUCCACGUGGCGGCUGAAACGAUACAGCCUGAAGUAUUCUAUUACAAGCAAGAACACGCGUGUUUCGCUUUCGAGCAUUUCGUUUGUAAGAUCAUGUUCCAAGGGUUUCAUCUACCUUGCUUCACAAGCGAACCAUCAUCAUCAUCAUCUCGGAAGACGAGUAAAGAGACGUUCUUUGAGAGGUUCACGGAGCUUAGACCGAUGAAAGCGAGAGAGUGUUUAGCGUCACGUCCCAAAUCAAGAUUCUCGAGGUUUUGCAGAGGUAAGUAUUUGCGGCUCGUGCAUCCGAAGAUGGAGCAUGCUUUCUUCGGACAUUUGCAUGUGAGAAACCAAGUCUCUGUCGGGGAGUUUCCCGAGACGAGUUUUUGUACCGCGUUUCUUGAAAUGGCGAAACGGGUUUGGCUCUUGCAUUGUAUUGCGUUCUCCUUUGACGUUGAAGCUUCGAUCUUUCAAGUAUCUAAGGGUUGCAGAUUCUCCGAAAUGUACAUGAAGAGCGUGGCGGAAGAAAGCUUGUCGGAAUCUGAGCCGAGAGUUGCGUUUACUGUGGUUCCUGGUUUUAGAGUUGGGAACACUUUGGUACAGUGCGAGGUUUACCUCUCGGUUUCGAGUCAACGCCGUACGUAGGUGGAAAGAUCAGGGAGAUGUCGGAACAGAGGGUAUUAUGGUAAUUUACGUGGUGGGGUUAUUUUGCUGACCGUCGGAUUAAGAAGAGAUACAGUAUGUGACCGUUGAGAUUAUGCGUGCGUUUUUUUUCUUCCUCUCUUUGUCAAUAUUUAGGACAGAGAGAGAGAAGCAUCUCUGAGCUGGUUUCCUUCAAUGAAUCAAAUUAUUAGCCAUCGUCAUUCGUCACUAUCUUCUAUCCUAAAGUAUGUUGUAAAUAGUAAUUCGUCAUAAUUUAUAGAGUUGAUUACAUAAAAGGUCACAUUUUGUCUUUGUCUUACAGUUGGAAACACUUCCCACUUGUGGGACACUUUCUGGUGGGGCCAAAGGGUUAGUUUGUCAAAAUUACCCUUGUCAAAAACGGUGGUGUUUUGUGUGAGAGAACAUUAUAGUUUGUUUU